UUAUUCAUCUUCUGGACGUGUUCAGAAUCUAUGUUGUAUCUCAUCUGCUUACUUACAUGAUAUAGCUUUAGUGUGUGCUUAAUUAUUUUGAACCUGGAAUUUCUAUUGCUGUCUAUAAAUCUUUAUGUUGUUUGGUAACGCUGGUCUUAGGGCAGGAAAUUGCUUUCUAAGGUCAAGUAUAAGUUAAUGAAUUCUGAACAUGCUAUGAUGAAUCGGAGAAAGAGUCGAACAUAUUUAGGAGGCAUGAGAAUUGAGGUUAAGUAUUUACUUUUCAUCAAUGCACGUAAAUGGUUAGGAUCCCGCGCAUCAAGAGAAUUACCAAUUCAGCAGCCAAUAAUGGUUGUUUGAGGUUACAAGUUAGCUGCAGGCUCCAGCUGAGUUUUCUCUCACCAUUUAAUUUUUGUUUGCCAUAGUCUAAUCUUUCUACCUGUGCUUGAUAUGGAUUGCUUGACAACAUGGUUAUGCGUGGAGGAAAAAUAGAAAAAUAGAAUAGGAGAGGCUUUUUAUUGUUAUGAUGAUGUAACAUAAUGAAAAUAGUCUACCAUUAUGGAUUUAUAGGUGCAUAAUGAGGAGUUAUUUAGAUGGUUUGUAUAGAACAGUUCAUUUAUUUCUAAUGAAGUGGCAAAAUGAGGAGUUUUGACAAUGUGUCUUUCUAGCAUCAUAGAGAUUGUUUUCUGGUCAUAAGGUUUUUCAUUACAUUAAGAAAGCCCCUGUAACUAUAAUUACAAUCUAAACAAGUUUAGCAAUGAAACAAUAAUGCUAGAAGCUGUGUCAUGCUGGGAUUCUAGAUCUUCUCCUGGUAUCUGGUCCAAUCACAUUGUGCCAUGCUAAUAGAAUUAUGUUGAUUUUUUUAGUAAAAGACAGACAAACAAGUGUUGAAAUAUGAGACACUUGGGAUUUCAAUCAAGUAAAUUAAGUGAGCCAACCCUUUUUGUUUGGCAAAUUAAUAGAUGGCGAAGAAUUGCUAAUCUUGAGGAAAAGCUUAUCAGCUCUUGAAAUUUUGUUGAAACAUAGCCGUGGAAGUGACAAGUUUUUCCUAGAAGCAAUAACUACUAUCUGGUCAAAUAAUUAAGUCCCAACUCUUUUUAUUUCUGAGGUUUAUUUUGCCUGUUCUAUUUUCUUGCAUCUUACAAGCGACCAAGUAUAGAUAAUAUUAGUCAGAAAGUCAUUUGCUUUUCUGCUACAAUGCGGAGCCAAGUGAAAGAAAAAUUCAUGUUUGAUACCUUUAUAGAAUUGGAUAUUUGCCUUUCAUGCAUUAACCCCUACCUCCACUUUAACGAACCAACUAACUAGGAAUUUAAUAUAAAGGGGAAAACUUGAGAAUGGUAGGUAAGAAAGCAGGCACCACUGGUCUAUCAGCAAACAAAAUGAACGUUUACUCCGAGAUUUUUCCAGUUUCUUUCUUUUUUCACCCUCAAUUAUGGGAAAGGUGGGCAUGAUACGGAAAUGGCAUGCAUUCAUGGUGCCAUUUCAUACUUGGUCAUGAUCUGAAAACAAAAUACCUGGCCAUUUCCUUCAUUCCAUUGUAACCAUUGCAAAGAUUUUGGACAUGGGUUUCAGUUAGCUUAGCCAGGACAGCUACAAGUGAUUUUAUAUACUUCCCACUUGCAAAAAAAUCGUAGCUCAAAGAGUCUAUUCCAUGGACGUAACCAUUCUCAUCACCUCUUUUUUCCUUCUCUCUUUCAACAAGAUGACGUGAUGGCGUUUUGUUCAUGUAAAAGAUAAUCCUUAGCUUAUAUUUCCAAAUGACUACAGGCUUUCUCUGUUACACGUAUAACAGCUCAAAGAGAUUCUUAGGUUGGGUCUAUCGGAUGGUUUAUUGGCCAGGUUUUAGUAGAAGUUUUAAUAUGAAUAAAAUUUUUGCUUAUUAAAAAAACAGCUGAAAGAACUGCCCUAUCCAUUACUUUAAUUUGCUGCAUGUGAACCAAACUUCACUUGUAUUGCUUGUGUGGAUGAAUAUCAAUCCAUACAGCUCCUUCCCCAUUAAUAUUCUCGAACAGAAACUCCAUAUCUUCUUCUGUUAAUUAAAUCAGAUUGUUGAUGCCCAUAAGGAACCUGUAACUUCUUCAUUCGAUGCUCUUCGUUUGUUCUAGUUUCAUAUGGUCUUCUAUUAUGUUUUAUCUCUCUAUUUAAAGCAGUAUCUGAGGUUCUUUAUUUCCCAUCAAGAGUUGAGUUUUUUUUUUUUUUUUCCUAGCAAAAUGUCAAUGAAGAGGUUUCCACUUGCAGCUCUCUCGUUGGCUUUGGUUCUAGGAAUUGCAGAGAGUUUUGAUUUCCAUGAAAAUGAUUUGUCAUCUGAGGAAAGUUUGCAGGAUUUGUACGAGAGGUGGAGAAGCCAUUAUACUGUUUCUAGGAGUCUUCAUGAGAAACACAAGCGUUUUAAUGUUUUCAAGCACAAUGUCAUGCACGUUCACAACACUAACAAGCUGGAUAAGCCUUAUAAGUUGAAGCUGAACAAGUUUGCAGACAUGACCAGCUAUGAAUUUAGGAGCACUUAUGCUGGCUCAAAGAUUAAUCAUCAUCUGAUGUUUCAAGGGGCACCACAGGGAAAUGGAAGCUUCAUGUAUGAGAAGUUGGAAAGAGUCCCGCCAUCCGUUGAUUGGAGAAAGAAAGGUGCGGUCACUGGUGUUAAGGACCAAGGCCAAUGAGGUAGUUGCUGGGCAUUUUCAACCAUCGCAGCAGUUGAGGGUAUUAAUCAAAUCAAGAAUAAGCUAGUGUCUUUGUCCGAGCAAGAGUUGGUGGAUUGUGACAUUGAUGAGAACCAAGGAUGCAAUGGAGGGCUUAUGGAUUAUGCAUUUGAGUUCAUUAAGAAACAAGAAGGCAUAACAACUGAGGCUAAUUACCCUUACAAAGCUGAGGAUGGAACUUGUGAUGUUUCAAAGGAGAAUGCACCUGCAGUCUCUAUUGAUGGGUAUGAGAAGGUUCCUGUAAAUAAUGAGAAUGCAUUACUUAAAGUAGUGGCAAACCAGCCUGUAUCUGUGGCCAUUGAUGCUGGAGGUUCAGAUUUCCAGUUCUACUCAGAGGGGGUAUUUACUGGAAGUUGUGGAACAGAGCUGGAUCAUGGAGUUACAAUCGUGGGUUAUGGAACAACUCUUGAUGGAACCAAGUACUGGAUUGUGAAGAAUUCCUGGGGACCAGAAUGGGGAGAGAAGGGUUACACAAGGAUGCAGCGUGGCAUCUCAGAGAAAGAGGGGCUCUGUGGCAUAGCAAUGGAUCCUUCUUAUCACAUCAAGAACACCUCAAAUAAUCGUACGGAUUUUGUGGCAAAUCGAAGAUCAAUAAGUGCAUUAGGAAGUGAUUUGAAGAAAUUUGGAAUUCUUUAAGCAUGGAGGAAAGUUGAAGAAAUCAAGCUUUGAAAGAGCAAGUUAGCCGAAAUUUGCUUGAGACUUUGCUUAUGAUGUUGCUUAGGGUAUGUCAUAUAAGCUUAACCUUAAGCCUAGUCAAGCUGGAAGUCAAGCAUGAGCAGAAAAGUCCAUUUUACUUCAAGUCUGCUAAGACUUGCUGAGGGUCUGCUUAACUUUAAGCAGAUAGUGCAACCAGAGGCUAAAAUUUGCUAAGAAGCUGCUUAGGGUUAAGCCGUACCCUAAGCAGACUGCCAGAACGUGAAUAAUACUACUGACUUGGAUAAUUUUAUACCUCAUUUUCUAUCCACUCCUUGGCUCUUAUUUACCUUUAGGGAAACUUUUUGGGACCAUAUAAAUUCAUCAUUUCCUAGUUUUUGCCAUAAGAGGAAACGGGGAGAAAACAAAAAGGAAAGAAAUAAAAAUAGAGAGAGGAAGAGAACGUCAUUUUUCUGGAGAGGAGUUGCUGUAACCAUCUUUUGGAGCUCCAGAAACUAGAGUUUUGGAUUCUUCUACAUGAGCUUUUCUAUUUUAGUCCUCUUAUCAUGUUUUUCUUUACUUUUCCAUCAAUCUUUCUUGUAAAUACCAUUAUGAGUGAGUAAACUCUUUAGAUUUCAGAGUUGGAAAAUAUGUUUUAAAUUAAUUUGUAGAUUUGGACUGGGUA